UGUUUUGAAAGCGGACAAAAUCCUAAACUUAAAAAAAAAACUUUACUCCUUGUAAAAGGAUUAGGGUUUACAUAUAUGAACUGUACACGUUCUAAUAUUGUUCUGAGUAAACUAUUGAAAACUCAACCUUUACUAUCUCAACUAUCCUUUAGAACAGUAGAGUAAACGCUAGCCGGCAGGCUAGUUUGUGUUGGCUAUAAAGCAGAAUUCCCUUUUCUCCGCUUCAGCCAUGUGGAGAGGCAGAACAACCACGUGGAGAGGUAGGAAAGGUCCUGAGUCUUUUUCCGGAGACGAAUGCGACGCGAGUGUGGCAGUGACGGCUGAGUCCGGUGCGUCCCCGGAGGAGAGAAGCGCGCCCCGGCGCGUCUGGAGCGGCGGACACUGGCCCGCCCGCAUACUCUCCGUGCUGUGUUGCCUCGUCAUUUUCUUGUUCAUUGGUGUACUUGCCUCCUUUCUCUAUAUCAUUCUGAAAGAUCUAAGAGCAGAGAGAACCACCACUCCAGACGGAACAGAAGUAAGACUUUUAGGGUUUUGGAGUAUGUUCAUUCUUUCCUCCCUGGCUGGACUGCUAUGUUGCAGUUUCUCCUGGACUCUUACCUACUUUGACUCAUUUGAGCCUGGAAUGUUUCCCCCCACGCCACUUUCCCCAGCCAGACUCAGUGCUGAACCUGCUCGAACGCCAACACAACAUGGACAUCACACGCCCUGUUUGUCCUGCUUGUGCAGUCGAUGUAUUGACGUGUGCAGACCACUACUGCUCCUCUGUGGCUCAGCAAUCGUGGAGUUUGUCUUUUGAACACUGUGAUCGUACACCACACUAGGACAUGGCUAGACUACAGACAUCAAGUGCCAGAGAAAAUUGUGCAAUGCACAGCUAGAGGCUUUUUAAAAAUAAUAAUUACCCUCCACCCCUCAACCCCCAAACACAGAAAGAUUUUUUCUGUAAAUAAUAAGGCAGCUCAAAGUAGUAACGGAGAUGUGUCUCACCUUAGAGAGCAAUAUCUAACCAACCUUAUCAGACAUGACUAAAAUCACUGAGAAAUGCUGGUAAUACUUCACCCUCCUCCCCAUGUAAAACUCUGUCGACAUAGGGCAUUAAACGUAUUUAAUAAGACUUAAUUUAGUAUUAGUACUUUUAGUAUUAAAUUAUUUUAAUCCUGUGUGAAUCAAUAUGUGUGAAAAUAUUUCAUCAUGUCAUGGGGAAAAGGUUUUAUGCAUUUUUUCUCAAGUAUGGAGGGACUCGAGUCAUUUGGUUUCUUCGUGCAUGGCACAAAUACCUCGGGUGUAGAUAAGUUAUUUAAUAUUUUAUUCAUCAUAGGUAAUAAUCAUGUUGGGCAAUAUUCCAUAUUUUAAUUAUUUCUAGUUAUUUUGAACCUGGAUUUGGUGUUUUGUACCCUUCACCACCAACCACAAAAGCCUUUUGUCAAAAGCCUUUAAUGUCAUCAAUUUUUUUGGGUGCAAAAUUUUAAUGUUGAUGGCCAGCACCUGAAUUCUAGGAUGCCAGCAUUUUCUAGUUCAUUAACAACAGAACAACAGAAGCAAUGCACAUUUUUUAGAGGUGACAGUUGUGUAUAAAUCAAGUAGCCACUCCCAUCUCAUCUUAUUCUGUGUGAAUCGGUCAUAUAUUCUACAAAUAUCCUGUAGUAAAAUUACAUUACUCCACCUCCCCAUGUAAAAAUAAUCCCGUUAAAAUAGGGCUUUAGACAGCAGCAUGAGGCACUGCUGCAUACGUGCCUUUCCUUCCUGUCCUGCACUGUUAUAGGGGUCAUGUGUUUAACCCUAACCCAUGCGUUUAACCCUAACCCAUGCGUUUAACCCUAAUCCAUGCAUUUAACCCUAACCCAUGUGUUUAACCCUAACCCAUGCAUUUAACCCUAACCCAUGCAUUUAACCCUAAUCCAUGCAUUUAACCCUAACCCAUGCGUUUAACCCUAAUCCAUGCAUUUAACCCUAUCCCAUGUGUUUAACCCUAACCCAUGCAUUUAACCCUAACCCAUGCGUUUAACCCUAACCCAUGCGUUUAACCCUAACCCAUGUGUUUAACGCUAACAAAUGCAUUUAACCCUAACCCAUGCGUUUAACCCUAACCCAUGCAUUUAUCCCUAAUCCAUACAUUUAACCCUAACCCAUGCAUUUAACCCUAAUCCAUGCAUUUAACCCUAACCCAUGUGUUUAACCCUAAUCCAUGCAUUUAACCCUAACCCAUGCAUUUAACCCUAAUACAUGCAUUUAACCCUAACCUAUGUGUUUAACCCUACCCAAUACAUUUAACCCUAACCCAUGCAUUUAACCCUAAUCCAUGCAUUUAACCCUAACCCAUGCGUUUAACCCUAACCCAUGCGUUUAACCCUAAUCCAUGCAUUUAACCCUAACCCAUGUGUUUAACCCUAACCCAUGCAUUUAACCCUAACCCAUGCGUUUAACCCUAACCAAUGCAUGUAACCCUAACCCAUGCGUUUAACCCUAACCCAUGUGUUUAACGCUAACAAAUGCAUUUAACCCUAACCCAUGCGUUUAACCCUAACCCAUGCAUUUAACCCUAAUCCAUGCAUUUAACCCUAACCCAUGCAUUUAACCCUAAUCCAUGCAUUUAACCCUAACCCAUGUGUUUAACCCUAAUCCAUGCAUUUAACCCUAACCCAUGCAUUUAACCCUAACCCAUGCGUUUAACCCUAACCCUAACCUGCGUGAGACCUCUGGAACACCUCUUUUGUAUUCAGACUCUGUUCCAUCUAGUAGGGGUUAGGGUUAGGGUUGUGGUUUUGCAUUCAAGCUCUGUUCUAUCUAGUUGCCUUUGUAAAAUGUUCUGCCUACCUGUGAAACAAAACAAUUAAUAAAAUGUUUUAUAAAAUGUUUUAUAAGUAUAUGUGUAUAUUGUACGUACAUUCCAGCAUUCAGUUAAUGUGCACAGGCCAGCUAAGCAAGUUGUGGUAUAUGUUUAUAAAGUCUUAGACAAUGACCCUACAUGUGUCUUCAUAUAGCCACUCCGACAGCUGCUCAGUCUUCCAUUGGUUCCCAAUGUGUGCCAGUUCCACUGCCAGUAAUGUUACUUCAACUGCAACUAAUUACAUUUCUUUCUGUGGUCACAUUUACUCACAGAAUUA